GCAAAUUAGUUCAAAAUUUGUAUCUUCCUUAAUCUGCUUUGAUUUUUCAAACCCAGAAAAACUCAACGACAAAUAGAGCCAAAGGUCGGAAACAUUUUAUUUUUAAUCUUACUCUUUCUCUCCCUCAUCAAAAUAACAUUCCAGAAUCCCCAUUCUGCUAAUGUGACACGAACCUUGUAUGGCAAUCGGUUCACUUUUAAAACCAUCACAAAGCCCUAAAUUCCCGAUUCUUCAUUUCGAUUCGACCCAACAGGCUGCUUCAGUUUCCGAUUUUGACCGUUCAUGGCAACGGAGGCUACAACCACCAAGUUCCAGAACCCGGAAUUUAGGCCGGUAUCGCAGCCUUCAGAGUUUGACCAUGAGAUUAAAGUUGUCGUCCACGACGGUCUCCGGUACUGGCAAUAUAUGAUUGCUGGUUCAGUCGCCGGUUCGGUCGAGCACAUGGCGAUGUUCCCGGUCGACACCGUUAAGACGCACAUGCAGGCACUCGGCUCGUGCCCCAUCAAAUCGGUCGGAGUACGUCAGGCGGUCCAGUCCAUACUCAAAUCCGAGGGUGCCGCCGGGCUCUACCGCGGCAUCUGGGCCAUGGGACUUGGAGCCGGGCCAGCGCACGCCGUUUACUUCUCCGUCUAUGAGAUCUGCAAGAAGUCCUUCUCCGGUGGCAACCCCAACAACCCCGCCGCUUACGCAGUUUCGGGAGUUUUCGCCACUGUCGCGAGUGACGCUGUUUUCACCCCGAUGGACAUGGUGAAGCAGAGGCUGCAAUUGGGGAAGCACAGUCCGUAUAAGGGCGUGUUUGACUGCGUCAAAAGAGUCUUGAGAGAUGAAGGGAUUGGAGCUUUUUAUGCGUCGUAUAAAACCACUGUGUUAAUGAAUGCGCCGUUCACGGCGGUGCAUUUCACGACCUACGAGGCAGCGAAACGGGGCUUAAUGGAGAUUUCACCUGAGAGCGCCGACGAUGAGCAGCUGGUCGUUCACGCCACUGCCGGAGCCGUCGCCGGAGCGCUGGCAGCUGCCUUGACGACGCCGCUUGAUGUAGUCAAGACCCAGUUACAGUGUCAGGGUGUUUGCGGAUGUGAUAGAUUCAAAAGUGGUUCGAUAGGUGAUGUGAUUCAUACAAUAGUGAAAAAGGAUGGGUAUAGAGGACUUAUGAGAGGCUGGAUUCCUAGGAUGCUUUUUCAUGCUCCAGCUGCGGCAAUCUGCUGGUCGACAUAUGAAGCCACGAAAGCUUUCUUCCAGGACCUAAAUAGCAGUAAUGACGGUGGUUCUGUGACCUGAAAAUUCACAAAGUCCAAAGGCAUUCAGUAAUCUUCAGGCGUAACACAAGUACCUCUGUGUAAGUAACAAGGAGGCAUUCUCUUUCGAUGGAGGAUGAACAAGCCAAAACAGAUGCCAGAGACCAUAUAAAUUGGUCAGAGUAGAAUUUUUAUUUAAACUAUACACAGUGUUGUCAAUUUCCAAUAAUGUUAUAAACCAAUUUUUCAGUGUCUUUUUGCAGUUAGAUACUUGUAUCAUGAUUCAUGAAUCCCAUUUAAGUGAUUCGGCAUGAAAUAUUUUGGGUAGGAUGUAAUCAAUGAGGAAAGUUAAGAAAGUUUUGAUGUCUUUUUCUGAAA